CUGAUUGGCUGACGGAUGGUGCCAUUCAAGAGAGUGGGCAGGUCAACUGAAGUUCGACGAGAAGGAAGUUCGGUGAAGUUACCAGCAACAAGUAGUAACCGUAGUAAUAUGUGAAUAAAGUAUAAUAUAGUGAAAGAAGAAAAUAUAAUACUUCGCGUGGCUACCUAAAUUUUGCCGAUUCACUGCGUAAAUUGAGGAGCGCCAUGGAGCAGCUGCCGGACGCUUCGCCCGCACUGGCUUUUGAAAAAGACGCAUUUCAGCUGACAGUGGAAGAUGUUUAUGACAUUUCGUACGUGAUCGGCCGGGACUUGCUGAAAAUUAGCAGCGCGGGAGAAGACGUCUCUGAGCUGCAGUUCAGAAUUGUCCGGGUCCUCGAGAUGUUUGAAACGAUGGUGAAUAAAUACAACCUAUCGCUGGAAGAGCUAAAAAUGGAACGCGAUAAUUUAAAGAGCGAGCUGGAGAGAAUCCUGGGCGACUGUUCAGGCGAACAGGGAACGCAAAUGCUGGGUCCGAACAAGCUGGUGGUGGACCUGACGGACCCGAACCGGCCGCGCUUCACCAUGCAGGAGCUGAAGGAGGUUCUGCAGGAGCGGAACCAGCUCAAGGCGCAGCUCCUGGUGGCCCAGGAGGAGCUCCAGAUGUACAAGAGUGGGGUCCUUCCUCAGCCGGAGUCAGCCAUGGUGGAGGUGGACCUCAACGCCCCGCCCACUGAUAUGGCCACUCGCCCUGACGCCACAGAGGUGACCAAGGAGGAAAGGACCACCAUCAAAAGCCUGUUUUCGUUCAGAAGGAAAUAGUGAGGAUGCAGACUUGAGUGAGGAUGUGACUCCACGUAUAACAGGUUUCACACUCUUCUGUACGUCUUUAUCAUCUGGAAUGGACAGUAUUUUGACAUUUUAAGUAUGGAAAUAAGGAAACCUUUGGAGGGACGGACAGUCCUACAGAGGAUUUUUAGUUUUGUAACUUAUCAGGGGACAAACACUCCUCUGCUUUUGCUGGUCAAAUUAAUCUGAAAAGGCAAGCGGACGCCUAACCUUUUAUUAUCUGGUGAGCAGUAUUGAAAAAGAGUCGAUUCCACAGGUCUGUUUUAAUCAGGUGACCCCCCAAUCCUGCUCCUGGAGACCCACAUUAUUAUUUAUUUUUAAUAAAUCAGCAAACGAUGUGGAAUAAAGAACCCGGACGAGGCAAGCUGACUGUGUGCACAGCUACUGAUUAACAGUGAAAGCUGCACACACUGUGGCUCUCCAGGAAUAGGACCGAGGAUCUGCUUCCCCACUUUAAAUGAGGUUAACUCAGACGCGCACUGUGCGGGAUUGUAGAAACACUACUGCGUAAGCAGCAUCAGCAGUGUGGUGUGACCUGUGAACACAUGGGUUGUGUUCGUGUCGGGUUCAUCUCGAAGAGCCCAGAAUAUGAAGUAUUCCGGAUUCUCAGAUCGGUUCCGCAUCAAUAACUGGACAAACCUUUUAUUAUGUUCUUCAGUACACAUCUGAGGCAGGGUUUUACAUUUAAUAACAUUGUGGAAAUUAUAAUAAACCAUUUAGUUAUUGGGCGAGUAAGUGUACUGUGCAGAUGUUUUGUGUGGAUUUUUCACACAUCACACGUUCCUUGCUUUAUGUGCUGAGGUAGAGGCGUAACACGCUUUCUGAAGUUCUCAUAUUACGAACACACUUUUCUAGGCCAUGCACCUGAAACUGUUUUAAUGCUCCUUAGUAUUAGCAUACGAGUUCAUACGUCUGGAGAAGCAUUUAUUAUGGACAUUCACAGCUUUGCAUGUUAAUUCUGUUCAAGUUCACGCACUCCCACAUGAUGGAAGUAAUCUUUAAAAAUACAGUACGGACGGAACGUUCCCGUUUGGAUGGCAUUCAUAUCACCUUUGCAACUCAAACAGAUCUGUUAUUGUCAAACAUAAAAUUAUUUACAAAAAAUCUACUACUCUAACCAUAAAAAAACCAUAUUGGUUGCAUAUGCAUUCUCUGGAAGAACUCAUUUAAAGAUGCACAAAAUGUACAAAAUUAUGCUCCAAAAAGUACCAUUAAUAUAGAUGCAUUCUUAAGUAUGAUGUAUAAACAAUUAAUACUGCCCGUCCUACUGAA